CUUCCUCGUAAGGAUAAAAACUACUUCCUCUAUAAAUUCAAAGCUUCGAGAAACCUUACAAAGCUGAGAAAUGAUCAACGCGUUUAAGAUAAUACGACCACUGCCUUCAGGCACCGUCUUUUUCUUGUCACCACCGUCUAGAAUUGGCCGCCGAGUUACAGUAUCUAGUUUUACCACCAGUUCUGACCAACAAAGGAUGGAUAAAAAACCUGAAAAUCCCACCACUUCUGACCAACAAAAGAUGGAUAAAAAACCUGAAAAUCCAAAGGAGAAAACCGGUGACGUGAUGUCGCAUUCGUUUGGAGAAGGAUACGCUACAAGGUCUGAUGAAGAAGGUUUUGGAGGAACCUAUGGAGGUAAUCAAUCUUUUCAAAGGGACAACGAUGAGGUCCAUGAGAAUCACCCUGAUUACGACAAAACUCAAGGUAGCGAAGCAAAGGAGAAAGAGAGAGGUAGAAACCAGACGUAAUCACACCGAAAGAAUGAAUAGAUUUUGUUUUGUUUAAUUUUAAGAAUAAAAGCAGAGACUUGUACUCUGUAGUCUGGAUUUCUGUUGUAUUUCUGGACACGUUACCCCGUCUCUAAUGUAAUACUCGUUGAAUGAGAUCUUAAUAGUCUUUGUUGGGUUUUUGAAA